UGUUAAUUACGUAAUGCACUGCUGCACACUGCGCAUCGACACUGUUUAUCUAACUUAGAUCUAGAAUCUACAGGACAUUGUUGCCAUAAUUUCACAUUCAGAAGCUGAAGUAUCAUAUUUGUAGCACAUCCAAAAUUAUUUUCUUUAGAAUCACGGAAUGAAUGUGAGGAUGACCAAGAAUACCGAGAUGAAACGUUUUGGUGUCAUCUUGUUCGCAGUGUUGUUUGCCGGAUUACUGACUGUGUCCUACGGGGAAGCUACGGGACCGGGGCAAGAAACAACUGGGCCAGUGCCCGAGACAGCGAGGGUUACACCUGGUGAACAACAAGACGCUUCUAUUUCGUCUGGAUAUGAUGGCGGUGGCGAUGAUUUACGCAGGUCUAAUGAAACAACUAGUACAACCCAUGUACCAACCACAACAAAGAAGAUAACAGAACCGGCUGAUGAACAGUUACCAGAAAUAGGCUCUGCUGAGGAAGAACAUUCCUCUAGCUUAGCUCUCUUCUUUAUCCUGGGUAUCAUAGGUGUGUGUAUCCUGUUAACUCAUCUUGUGAUCAAACUCAAGUUCCAUUAUCUUCCUGAGAGCGUUGCCAUAGUUUGUCUUGGUGUCCUCGUUGGUCUUGUUAUCCUUGCUCUCAAACACACAAAGCUUAGCAACCAUGAUUUCACGCAAGAUGAAAUCCUGGAUCCUACAACAUUCUUUUUGGUUCUUCUCCCUCCCAUCAUAUUUGAAUCUGGAUAUUCCUUACACAAGGGUAAUUUCUUCCAGAACAUUGGUUCUAUCUUAGUGUUUGCUAUCUUUGGUACCAUCAUCUCAACUCUCAUCGUAGGAGGGGGUGUCUAUCUUCUUGGGCAGGCCAAGGUAGCAUAUGAGUUGACCUUGGUAGAAAGCUUUGCGUUUGGUUCCCUCAUCUCAGCAGUGGACCCCGUAGCAACCAUCGCUAUCUUCUCAGCUCUAGAUGUUCAUCCGUUACUCAACAUGUUGGUCUUUGGGGAGAGUAUCCUCAACGAUGCAGUCUCAAUUGUACUCUCAAAUACCGUGAUAGCCCUUGACUCUCCCGAGAUGGCUGAUGUAUCAGCCCUCCAUGCCCUUGGUUAUGCCGUGGGUUCAUUCUGUGUCAUGUUAUUUGGUUCAUCUCUACUAGGCAUCGCCCUUGGUCUCAUCAGUGCUCUCUUAUUGAAGCAUGUUGAUCUGAGGAACACGCCAUCACUUGAGUUUGGUCUCAUGCUCAUCUUUGCUUAUCUACCCUACGCCCUUGCAGAGGGAAUCAAGCUAUCAGGCAUUAUGGCUAUCCUAUUCUGUGGUAUUGUGAUGUCUCAUUACACUCAUUACAACCUAUCACCAGUAACUCAAAUCAAUAUGCAACACUCCUUCAGAACCAUGGCUUUCUUAGCAGAAACGUGUGUAUUCAUGUACCUGGGGUUGGCCAUUCCUAGCUUCAAUCACAGAUUUGAACCAGCCUUAGUUCUGUGGAGCAUAGUGCUUAUUCUGGUUGGGCGAGCCUUCAAUACAUUUCCUUUGUCUUUCAUCUGUAACAAAUUUAGAGAGCAUAAAAUCACUUUUAAAAUGCAGUUUGUGAUGUGGUUUAGUGGUCUAAGAGGAGCCAUUGCAUAUGCACUCAGCAUGCAUCUAGAGUUUGGUAAUGACACCAGACAUGUUCUCGUCACCACCACGCUGGUUAUAGUCUUAUUCACUGUCAUAGGGUUUGGAGGAUCAACUCUACCACUCUUAAAGUGUAUUGGAGCAGAUAACGGAAAAUCUAAGAAGGAAAUCUCACUCAGCAAAACAGAAGAGAUGGGCAGUGCAUUAGAUGCUGAACAUCUCUCUGAGCUAACUGAAGAAGAAUAUGAAGUGAAUUACAUCAGACCAGGUCUCAAAGGCUUCCUGAGAUGGGACACCAAGUACUUAACACCAUUCUUUACUAGGAGACUCACUAAUAAGGAAAUCACUGAUGGGCGGUUCCAGAUGCGACAGUUGACCAAUCGUUGGUACUCUGAGGUGCGUGGCCCCGUCUCUGAUACAGACGAUGAAACAGAACUUAUUGGGAACUGAUGAAAUGGAAUGAUGCCUGAAGACAAUGAUUUCCCUGUGUGUAAACAUCUCUACAGUGGAACGCUUUGUGUAUUAAAAGAGAUCACAAACUUAUGUGCAAAGAGGGAUUGCGUCUCCAAGGAAGGUCAAAGGUCAUACCAGUUCACAAAGGUAUCCAAAGUUAUGCACUCAUCUAGACGAAGACCAUGAUAAACGAUUGCAUUCACUUGUUCAAGUGAUUGCAUUUCAAUAGUCCGAAUGCAGGUUGUAUACAUUAGUUGUUGCCAUGCUGGGCAAGUCUCUGGAAAGCCUUAUGAUUAUUACUAAUAAACCUGUACAUUGAAAUAUGCAUUAAUUACAUGUGAAGUGGUUUAAAGAUCCCAAUCACAACUAUGAUUAAAACCUCUUGCAUGGAACAAUAUUGCAGCAAAAUGUCGCUGAAAAACUAAAGAAAAUCCGUUUAUAUAUAUCCCCACACAUACAUAUUUAUUUUAUUUAAUAGCUAAGAGAACUAAGGUAUGGAAUUGUUAUAAAGGAGCCAUGAUAUGUUUUUCAUUUCAUAAUUAAGGGAAGAGGUCUGCUAGGCCUGCUGUUUUAGACCAAAAAUAAUCUCUCUGUUCUCACUUCAGAGAAAGCGUGACCUAGCGUACUGGAUUUCUUGUAAUGAGAACGGGGUCAUUGUGUUGAUGAUAUACGUGUUAAUUAAAUAAUUUUGGUCUUUUUAAGGAUUGAUAUCGAUGCUGCAACAAAUUAUGAAUAGUUUAAAUAUUUAAAUUGACUGAUGUAAUAAUGUACUUUUUUUUCGCUUCGUUUUAUCCGUCUAAAUGUUGUCUGUGUGUGUGAUCAAAAUGUUUUCAUUUCAAGAUACCCUUCUCUCUCUUUGUUUUUAUGAAAUUUAUAUUAAGACUAUAUGGUGCAUACAAAAUCAUAAAGGUAUUCAUAGGUUGUGUAAUUUGAUAAUUUGUAACUAUUUCAAAAAAGGGAUUACUUAUAUAUGCAGUGAAAUCCAGUAGUUUCUGUUUUGUCAAGCUCUUCUCGUAAGUUGCAUUUUCAGGUGUAUAUUUUUCUUUGUGUUCAUUGUGAAGAAAUUAUUUGCAGGGUUCGAGAUUUAUAUGCAGUAGUAAUAUAGUACUAAGGUAAAUAGUACUUUAUUUGAAUAUUUCCUCUUGUUUUACCAUAUUUCCUCCUGUUUUACCAUUUUUGGAAGUUUUAUCUCAUCUGAAUGCAUGCAUUUUGUUUGUUUCUGUGUUUAGUUGUCAAAAUCAGAUAUACAUGUAUUUCAAACUACACUCUCCUGGAACAAGAUUUCUACUUGCAUUCGUGAGAACGAUAACAUUUUACAUCUGUUCUCCAGAUAUAUUAUGAAAAACUUUUUUGUGAAUCUAAAUUUUUUGGAGUUUCAUGUCCCAUGGAUCAUGUGGCAUAGUUUCAUAAUCAUGCCUGUUGUGCUAUAUGUAUAUGUGUGUCUUAGUUUGGUUGGAUUGUCUUGGUACAAACCAAGGCAGGUAGUGGGCGUGGCAUUCAUGACAUCACAGACCACAUCAAAUGUAUCAUUAAUCACUUUCUAAUUGUGUAAUUCAUCAGAAAGGUGUCAACUCUGCUAAAUUAUACGACUUGAUGACCAUCUGACUCUGAGAAGAUGUGUCUAAUCUCCCCUUCUGUAAUAAAUAUGUAGUACAAUCUACAUUACACAUGGUACUGUAUAAUAGAGUUUUGUAUUAAUAUUUCUUUUUCACAUCUAUUUUUCUUAUAUAAGCAUUUCGUUGUGUGGCUAUCAGAUGGAUGUAAGCAUUUUGCGCUGUUUAGCUAAACAGAAUGUUGUUAGCAUAAAAAUGCCUUUAGCUGGUAAAUGGUAAUAUUAGAUUUGUACAUCUUCUUAUAAGCCUGCUCGGUGCCAUUGAUGAGUUCAUCAUUACUUUACAGACAUUUUUAUCAGGCAUUUAAGAUGUAUUAAGACAUUACUUGAAUGCCCCCCCCCCCCCUCCCUCUCCUUUCUACUUUAGUUGAAGUUCAGGUAUCAGACCGUGAACAAAUUAAUUGUACUAGAAUCGUGAACCUCUUUAUAUAUAUAUAUUCUUGUAUCACACUCAAAGCCAUCCAAUACUAUAUGAAUAUUGAUCACAGAUAGUAAUAUUUUAGGAUGGGUCAAGGAUUUUUGUAUCACCUUUAUUUGUAUUUACCUUGUUAUUUAUUCACUAUUUGUUUAUAUUAUUUGAUGACAGUCUGUAAAGGUUUUCAUGCAAUCUGAAAUCUUUAUUUUGUUUAUAUGAUAUAUUGAUUUGAUACAUACUGGUAAUACUAAUGUCAACUAAGACAAGUUAUACAACUCAAAAAGUUUAGAAUGUUCUGACAGUUAAUCUUAGACUUAGAGUUGCCAAAUUACAAAGUAACUUUAACUUUAGAAAUCUGUUUAGAUUAUGAUUAUAUUACAGUUUGAAAUUGACCCUGAUGAGUAUUAUCAUUUGUCAAUUUCACUAUCUCAAGUAACAUCUUGAUGUUGUUUGUUUGUUUUAAUUCUGCGCUUUCAAAAUAGAACAUAAUCAUAUACAUAAAGUAACAAUUAUUUCUUUAUUAUACAUAAUUAUAAAUUUGUAAGUACAUUAAAUAAGAUGCAUACAAACACAAAUAUUUUUCUAUGAAAAAAGAUAAAUUACAGAAAAUGCGCAGCCGACUGUAAACCCUGGUCUUGAUAGUUAUCAACCCAAGCAUUCCUCAAAUAGACAAAAUAAUUUGUAGUUAGCAGUUGGUACAAAUGAUCCCAAAUUUCCACUCAUUUUUUAAACAAUGGAGAAAUCCUGCUUCAGCAUUUUAGCGUAAUCACUCUUAAAGUGAUAUAGGAGCUACAUGGUUAGCUUUUAUAUCUCCUCUUGAAAAUUAUAUUCCCACCUUUGUAUCAUGGAGUGUAGCCUACUGUUGAUACAUGAGUUAAUUAUAAUUACAAAUAUGUCAUGAUCAUGUAUCCAGUAUUUUCUCUUUGUGGGUUUUUACAGUUUUCCAACAUAAUUAAUGAUCUUUAUCUGCUCAAGUGCAAAUUGUAACUUCGACCUGGCAUAUAGAUUUAUGAUUUUUUAGUUUGUGACUUUUGUAGUCACAACAUCUGAAAUGACAUAUUGAAAGCAAAUACAGAUCUCAGCUGCUGUUGAAAGUAUUUUUGUUUCCAGCUUAUCAAAUGAUUAAUAUCGUCUUAAAACUUUUAUACAAUUAUUUUGAUCUUUUAAUUUUUUAUCAAUUCUUCAUUUGAUUUUAUGAUUUGACUAACCAACCAUUAUUUUUUUUUUUUUUCAUAAACUUCUUUAUUUAUAUUUUCGUGUGUUUCUUUCCAGCAUUAUUAAUAUCCGUCAGUGAAUCAUAUUAGUAGUAUUGUAUUGUAUAUAUAUUCUUAUGUAAUAAUUAUGAUGAAAAUAGAGGUUAAGACAGGAUAUCAUCACCUUCAUCCCUGUAGUAGAGUACGCGGCUUUUUCUUUUCUGAUGCAUUUUAUAUACUUUUCAGCUCAAAUGAUUUCAAUGUCUGUGUAGAUUAUUACUUCUUUGCAUGGUAAAAUGUAAAAACAUGGAUUGUUUUCUAUCAGAAUGUAAUAUAUUUUACAGACGUAACAAGUUGCGGGUGAUAAAUUCUUGAAGCAAUAGAGGGUUUUUCUUCAAGAAAUAGAUAACAACAGAUCUAAAACAAAAUAAUGAAUUAACAAUUUACUAAUUAUUUGAAACCUAAAAAGAGUGAAAUGAGUUGGUUUGUAAUGUUUGGUUCCACUCUGCUUUGUUUAUUGUUCAUUGAUCCGAGUUUGAUUUUCAAUGCAUGGUGCAAUAGCUUGAGGGUCAGUUGCUAAGUAGAAAAUGCUGCUCUUUCACCGAGAGAUUUAUUAAAUGUACUAAAUGUAUGUGUAUAUACGUAUUUAACACAGAGCAAAAGGAUGCAUUAUGUUGUUCAUGAAGAAAUAAAGAGAAUUACUACUUUA